UCUGCACUCUGUCUGCUGCUAACCUCUCCUGCUGUGACCCAUCUGAUAAACACGCUGCAGGGCUGCAUGAUACACUCUGCUUUCCCCCCACAGGCUGUAACGGGAGGGCACUCUGAGAUCACCACAAUCGCCGGAGAAGUUACUAAACAACUUGGCUCAAGAGUCAUGCCCAGCUGAGUAAGCAGAAGUGCACAGGCUGCACGGCCACCACACCAGCACCGCUGCUGCCAGGUCAUGGAGGGGCUGUUUGACUAUGUGGGGCACUUUGGAAGCCCCCUGUCAUCUUGUCUUCAAGAUGCACAGAGCCUGAUCCUCUUCAGCAGCAGUGACAACAUGACAUAACAUACAUUGUGCUGGAAAAUGAAGCCACUGGGACCUGAAGGAGGGGAUGAAUGCUGUUCAACAGACACAGCAUGUAUUCCAAGCAUGUAUAUACUUUGCUUCUGCCUUUCAAGCAAUAUCUUGUGGAAUCCACUACUUGGCAUCUGUGUUUAUUGCUGUUACUCCGAAGUAUGUCUGCAGACCUCCAGGAAAUGCAAGCCUGAUAUCAAUCAAUAAUGUAUCUAUAUCUGGGAUCGAUGAAGCGUGGGGCCUAUGGACAUCACCAAAUGAUUACCUUGUUUCCCAGCAGGAUAAUGGUGACAUUUGGGAACUAAGCCGAUGCAGUCGACAUAAACUUACAAACACAUUAGAUCCAGCAAAUAGCUAUGAAGAAAAUAGGACAUUGCAUUCGUGUUCUGAUGGAUACUGGUACGAUCACACAAAUGUGGAUAGUAGCAUUGUUACAGAAUGGGACCUGGUCUGUGACCGUGAAUGGCUCGCUAAAUUAGUUCAACCCACCUUUAUGCUUGGAGUACUUAUCGGUGCAAUGUUUUUUGGUGAUAUCGCAGACAGAGUGGGAAGACGACCAAUAAUGUGGAUCACAAGCUCAUGCCAGUUCAUAUUCGGUGUUGUUGUGGCAUUUACCUUCGACUACUACAGCUUUGUCGUUGUUCGUUUUUUCCUGGCCACGGUUUCCAGUGGUUACCUAGUGGUGGUGUUUGUUUACGUGACGGAAUAUGUAGGGAUCAAAGCUCGUACAUGGGCUUCUAUUCAUAUACAUGCAUUUUUUGCAGUAGGAGUUAUGAUUGUGGCUUUGGUUGGUUUUUUGGUGCGCACCUGGUGGCUCUACCAAAUAAUCCUUUCUGUCAUCACCCUACCAUUUGUCCUAUGUUGCUGGAUGCUUCCUGAGACUCCUUUUUGGCUGCACUCCCAGGGAAAAUACAAAGAGGUAGAAGAUAUAAUUAGUACAAUGGAGAAGUGGAACAGAGUGAGCACAUCCUACAAUCUCGCUGAACUCUUGCCUGUGGAGGAAGCCAACACUGCUAGUGGACAAGAAAUUCAAAUAGCCAAAAAGCACAAUUUAUUACAUUUGUUUCACAGCUGGAGUUUUGCAAGAAGGACCAUGUCUGUGUGGCUCAUCUGGUUUACUAGUAGCUUGGGAUACUACGUGUUUGCCCUAAAUUCUGUCAACCUGGGAGGAAACGAAUAUGUAAAUCUUUUUCUUUCAGGCGCUGUAGAGAUUCCAUCUUAUAUUAUUUGCUGUCUCUGUAUGGACAAACUUGGAAGAAGGAACACACUAGUUCCAUUCCUGUUACUCAGCACUGUCUUUUGUGGUGUAAUUAUGCUCAUCCCUGAGGACUACAGUACUAUAAUCAUUGUUAUGAGCAUGGCGGGAAAGUUUUCUAUAGGUAUUGCAUUUGGACUUAUUUACCUAUACACAGCUGAACUAUAUCCAACAGUUGUACGGUCCUUGGCUGUUGGCAGUGGGAGCAUGAUGUGUCGGAUUGGUAGUGUGGUUGCUCCGUUCUGUGUUUACCUUACAGAAGUGUGGAUAUUUAUGCCACAGCUACUAGUUGGGAUUGUGGCCUUCAUUUCUGGCAUUUUAACCCUUCUGCUCCCUGAAACACUUGGGAUGCCACUCAUGAACACGAUGGAGGAAGCUGCAGAAAUGCAAAAAAAGAAGGAAAGUGCAAGGAAAUCACUGUCAGAAUCAAAUGGCAUUGUGAUGGAAAAAUUACAGUCCUCAAGUACAGACCUCCCUGAUGUAUAGACUUUGAAGCUACUGAUCAUGUGUUAUAAAUAAUCACAGGGAUUGAUUUCACGAACAUCGCAUAAGGCAUACUGUAGUGUACAUUGAAAACAUUGUAUUUCUACUAAGUCAAUCAGUUAAUGUGCUCAGAUGUGAAGUCGUAGACAUACAUGCAGAUCUAGGCCGAAGCCUGAUGUUUUUAAUGACAUAUUGAAUAAAAAACUCAAACAUUUUGCUGAAAUACAAACUCCAACUAAUUAGAUAAAUGAUUGCCAGAACAAACAAAAAGCUAACAUUUGUUGGACUAUCCAUUUGUUUGUGUUGAGAGAAAAGGUCACCUGUAGUAUUCCCAGUAUCCAAUGUCACCCACACACAGCCAGUGCCAAGAGAAAUCAGCUUUUUCAUAUGUUACCAAGUAACUAGUGUUUAUGUACAUUACUGCAUUCACUUUAUACUGGGAUCAUACAUUCAUAGCCAAAUGUUUGGGUUUUUAUACGUUGAAAUCGGCACCAAAAGAGAAACAAGUUGCUGCUUUAGAGAUGGAUAUAUUUAGUUUUAUAUGAUUCUUGAGUUUGUUUUAUUGAUUGCAAUACACAGUGAUAUGCACUAGAAAUGUUUAAUCAUUACAGAUGCGGGGAAUGAGUGGCAGAGUUGAGGAAUUUAUGUGCUAAGUAUAUGAUUUUUCAAGCACAAGUUAAUAAUGUUUGCAAAGCAUCCAAUUAUUAGUCUGUGUAAAGAAGUUAAACACAUAUGUGGUGUUGUAGAAAAAGUAUAAGACCUUUAUCGCGCUAAAGAUAUGAAGAGCUACACCGUAGGGGAAGUACCCCCUGUUAGACGGGGUACAAUGGUUACGAAUAAAAAAGAAAUAAAGUUUCCCCAGGGAGCUAGUGAUAUUCUUUGGUAUAUCAAGAGUUUUCACUUCAAAUAAAAAAAUCAUGAGAAAUAGACUUAUUUAUUUAAUAAAAUACAGUAAAAUAAGCUGUAUCACAAUAUGUCCAAAGUGACAAUCAACAAAGUUUCGUACAAAUAUUUGUGUUGGUAACAAUUCAGUCACAUAUUAACAUGAUAAUUGAUCCUCCUUGAAGAGAUGACAAAAACCGCUGUCUUAACCCAACGCGUUUCGUCCUACGGACUUCAUCAGGGGUUAUAUUUAUAAUCUAAACAAUGUGGAAAACAUUCCAUAAAUAUAUCAUUUUGUUUAUCUACAAUGUACUCCUAUUAAUUGCAAUUAUAAUGUAUACAUACCAAAGGAUCACAGUAUGGACAAGCAACUUAGCGUGUCUUCAAAGAUAAAUAAAAACACUUAAAAGUGAUAUCGAACUAGAUCACACCACAUGGGAUAUCUGUAAAAUUAUAACAUAUAUUAUAUAUAAAUAAUGACAGGAUAGGAAUAUAUAUGAGGAGGAAUGGAGGAUAGAAAACUGAAUAAAUGACAAAUGGGGUUUUCUUUAGUGGAUCAAAUCUGACCUAUUUGAUCUAUAUUGACAUAAUAACCCAAGACAGUUAAAUUGUUAUAGGAAAUUAUUAUAUUCAUCAUUUAUAAGCUAAAUGGAGCUGUUGCAAAAACUUAUCUUAUUUAUCAUUUAUAAACUAAAGUGGGGGACGUAUUGCUACUCAUUUUAUGGUGAUUUAUAAUUCCAUAAUCAUAUUAGUAUGAUACAUUUAUACAUACCAAUUAAGCACAUUAGAUGUAAUUCAUUCUGUGUUUAUCCACUGAGCCAAACUAUGUUUGGAGAUUUCUGAGAGCAAUUGUAUUUAAACCUAUAAUGGAAAACACAUUUCUAAUACUAUAUGGGUAUGAUAUAUAUUAAAAAUACUGGCCCAUAAUUUUCAUACAUACCAAUUGUGUUGAAAAAUAGCUCAUAGAGCAGCUUUUCACUAAAUCGCGUCCAAACGUAGAUUUUACACAAGGCAGAAAACUGUAAAUGUACCUAUGAUGGAGUAGAGUGUAUAAAUAAGGGAAUAAUGAUAUAGGUACACAAAUAAUUCUGAUCAGCUUUAGCUCUUUGUCAGAAUUAAUGUUUUAAGGAGGUAUUCGUCAUUACCCAAAAUAUACUGAAGGAUUUUGUAGGAAUUUGUUCAUAUCUGAUUUAAAAUAGCAGAAAGUAUAAACUCUUUUCAUCUAAAUAUUAGAUAUUAUAUUGAUAUUGAAUACCUUCUUUUCUAAACCUCCAGGACUAUUUACCAGAAAUAUUUAUCAUGUUAACAUUUAGAAGCUAUCCAUUAUAGAGAAAAUACUAUAGAUCAACUAAAAAAUGGAUUUUGGAUUAUUUAUAUCCCUAUUAUCUAAACCACAAGAUUUUUUAGAGCUAGUAUUUAACUCCACACAUUAUUAUCAUCAGUAUUCAAUUCCAAUUAUUAACAUCAUUUGUAAUUAUACACCAAUAAAAAUAUAGAGGGCCAUGAGAUCAAUAUGCUUACCUCUCUGCAUCCAGUAAUGCUCCUAGCUGCUGCACACAAUCUGGACUGAGACUGCUGGGUUUUUAAACCCCACUACAAAUGACAUCACUUACUUUAAUUGAAUUAACUAAACUUAGAGUACUAACUGAUUAAUUUCCAUACCUAAUUGAUAUUAUGUCCUGAAUUCACUAAAAUACAGUGAAGUGCUUGUUGUGGUGUUACCUUUAGUCCAUGGGGAGUAUUCCAUUAGCGCCAUCUUUUUCGGAGCUAUCAAAUGUACCCCUCUUCGUAUUCAAUUGGGGGCCAUUUAUGCUCGUUUUUAAGGCAUUUUCGCCAAUGCCUUUUCAAUUCUUUUUCUUAGUGAAAAGGCAUUGGCGAAAAAUGCCUAAAAAUCAGCAAAAACGGCCCACUAACUGAAUACUCCUCUAUUUAUUUAUUUUAAGAAUGAGCUUAUUUAGAAUGAGAUUUGGAGGAAACACUCCUCUCAUAUUAUCCUACAAAUGCUGUUCGCAAAAUUCCUAAGAGAGCACUAGAGUAAAUAUUACUUUAAGACUUUAUUCAAAAUCUUCCUAAUCUACAUCUUACCUUACAUAUCGAUACUGAAAAAAAUUGCGCUCACCAGAUUAGCAAAAGAACCGUUACAAUUAUUUGGGGUAAUUUUUCUUAAAAUAUCAGUUUGCAUCAGAGUGAAGUUUAGUUGAAGGCCAUGUAUUGUAGUAUAAUUGCUAAAUGUUGCCGGUAUACUUUGCUUAUUGUCACAAAUAAAUGUCCGCAAAAUACA